AUGCCGAAAGAAUUUUCGUUAGAAUUUAAGCAAUUGGUAUUUUCUAUUAUUGAUUUUAUUGAAAAAGAAAAGAAUAGUCCAUCAAUACCUCUUAAUAAUGUUACAGACCGUCUUGUAGCAAUACUUGGCAUUUCAAGAAGAUCAGUUUUUGUGUUAAAAAGUGAAAUGAAACAAUUGAAGGAAGACCAAGAAGAGUUUGUUAGACUUACUCGUUCGUCAAGUACCUCGUUAUCACCAACGCCAUUACCAUCAGCCAAACGCUCAGGUCGUCCAAAAGCACAAUUAACAAAUUUUGAAAAAGAUACAAUUAGAUUAACAUUUCAUCUAUUAUUGAAAGAUAAAAUGUAUCCUACUGUUGAAAAUUUAUUAUCAACUUUGUUAAGUCAAUAUCCUGAAUUUCCAAUACAGUCAAUAACAUCAUUACGUCGAGAAAUGAAGGCACUUGGUUUCAAAUAUAGAAAGACAAAUAAAGCAAAAAUUUUGAUGGAUUCGGUAGCCUUUCAAGCUCAACGUGCUGCAUAUUUUAGAAAAAUUGAUCAACUACGAUUGAAUAAUUCUAUAUUAUACUAUCAUGAUGAAACGUGGCUAAGUAGAAAUGAAGAAAAAGCAGUUGUAUGGUUUGAUGAUCAAGGAUAUGGUCGUCUUCGAAAUAGUCAAGGAAAAGGUCAACGUUUAGCAAUCAGUGCUCUUCUUAGUCAAAACGGUUUUCAUCUUCGUUCCUUAGAUAUUUACAAGUGUGACGAAGUACAUAGUAUGGACAGUAAUCAUUUUGUCACAUGGAUGGACAGUGCAGCUAGUACUUUACGAUCUGAACAUGGCAAAACGACUAAAAUUGCUAUCAUUAUAGAUAAUGCCAAAUGGCAUAAUAAGCUUACUCCAGAAUCUGAACCACCUAAACGUUCAUGGAAAAAACAAUUAAUUGCUGAUUGGCUAACUACUCGAAAAAUUAAGUAUGAACUCUAUAUGACAAAGGCCGAGUUAAUACAAUUAGCAUUUGCUCAUUUACCUCCAAAAGAAUUUUUAGUUGAUAAAGUAGCAAGUAAAUAUAAUAUUGAAAUUGUUAGAAUACCAGUGAAGCACUGCGUCUUGAAUCCAAUUGAACUUCGUUGGUCCGGUUUAAAAAAUUAUGUUCGACGACAGAAUGUACAUUUUAGUUUGAACGAUGUUGAACAACUUUGUAAUGAAUGGUUAGCAGUAUGUACUCCUGAACAUGCUUCUGGUUAUUUUGCACAUGUCUAUAAACAUGAAGAAAUAUUUAAAACUGCAGACAAAUAUGUUGAAGAGAUAGAAGAUGAUCUGAUCGAUAGUGAAGAUAAUGCUGACCGCGAUACAUCAAAUGAUGAUGACGAUGUUGAUGAUUAA